UUUUAUAAUUAUUUUCUUAAAUUUUAUUAUUAUUAUUAAAAAUAAUUAUUUUACGCUGUGCGUAUUAUUUAUAAAAUGAAAACAACCAAACGGAUUCUUGAUCUGGAAGAGAAAAGUUCCAUUUCAAUCAAACAAGAAAGAAAAUAUUUCUCGAAUGGAAUUAACAUUAAUAUUAACAUCGGUCGUCCAAAGUCACCAAUACUUGAUUCGUUUUUUUCUUCUUUUCAUUUGACGAAACAAAAAUCAACGACAACUGCAACAAUAAUAACAACAACUACUAACGUUAGUAGUACCACACCAACUUCAGAAUCAUCAUCCCAAGGCCAAAAACCGAAACCGGAAGGAAAAUGUCCUUUUCCAUUAACAAUUGAUUGUCUCGAAGAAAUUUUUUCACAUUUAAUUGAUGAUAAACUUACAUUAUUUUCUUGUAUAUUAGUAAAUAGUUUAUGGUUAAAUUUAUGUAUACCAUUAUUAUGGAAUAAUCCAUUUGAUUAUUCUAUUCCUCAAAAAAAUCAAUUACGAUUAAUAAGAACUUAUAUUUCUUGUUUAUCCAUAAAUGAUAAACAAAAAUUACUUAAAUUUUAUUUAGGUAACAAAGAAGAUAAUGAUUCAAUUAAGAAAACAAAAAAAAGGAAAUCUUUAUCCAAACCUUUUAAAUUUAAUUAUUUUUAUCAAAAAGAUCCUUUAAAAUAUUCUCAAAUAUCAUUACAUCAUGAACCUUUAUUUAUUUAUCCAAAAUAUUUAAGAGGUUUAAAUUACAAUAAUUUUGAUUCAGCCAUAAAAAAUUAUUGUUAUUGGAAUAGACCUUUAAUUAAUCCUUUAACGGAUUCACUUGAUGAGUAUAAAAAUUUGGUUUUUGAAUUAUUAAAUAAUUUAAUAUUUAAUAAUAAUAAUAUUUUAUUAAAACAUUUAAGGCUUAAAUUUAGUAAAGAAAUUAGAACUCUUUUGCAUAACAAUGAUUAUUAUAUUGAUAACAAUGAAAUCAAUGAAAUCAAUAGUAACAAUGACAAUAAUAAUAAUGACAUCCCGAUUAUGAUAACAGGGAUUAAUACUUUUACAAGGCUAACUACUUUGGAUUUAAGUUAUAUGUAUUCAAGUGAAAUUAGUAAAAUAAUUCCUCAACAAAUAUCAAAUAUUUGUUCUCAUCUAUCGACUCAUUCAACUCACAUUCAAUGUCUUACAAUUUAUAUGCAAAAAUGGUGGGAAGAUGAUUUUAAACAACAAGUUUGUCUUUCAAUAUUUAAUUUAAUUAAAUCACAAAAAUAUUUAAAAUAUCUUUCAAUUAAUGAAUUUUGGAAUACAAAUUAUAACAAUUUUAAUAAUUUUGAUAAUACAACUAUUGAAUAUUUUAACAAAUUUUAUCAAAUUCUUUUAGAAAAUACUAGUAAUACUUUGGAAUAUUUACAAUUUUAUGAAUUGAAUCGUUUUGAUUUAUUAUUAAAUAUUCUUGGUAAUCUUAAAAAAUUAAAAAGUUUGGAAAUUAAAAAAUUGGUUAAACCAAAUAAUUUUUCAAAUUUUAAUUAUAAUUCUUUUAAAAUUAAUAAUUUAUCCCUUUCAAAAUUUGAUUGUAAUUAUAAUAAUCCUUUUGAAAAUUUUUAUGUUGUUAAAAAUCCUUCUCAUGAUUCAAUAAUAAUUAAUUCUUUUAUUUCCCCUAUUAUAAAAUCCUCAAACAAAUCACUUGAAUCUCUUUCUUUAAGUAAAAUUUCAAAAGAUCUUUUAUCAACAAUAACAUUAAAUUGUCCAAAUAUAACAAAUCUUUCCCUUUUAUUAGAUCCUACUUUAAUACCUGAUUUUUGUGCUUUAUUAGUUUCUCUUCCUAAAUUACAUUCUCUUACUAUAAAAAAAUCUUUUUAUAGAUUAUCUUUUAAUUAUAUAGAUUUUAAAAAUUUAGCAAUUAAUUUACCAAAUAGUCUUUAUUAUUUUAAAACUGAUUUAUUUGAUAAUUCAAAAUCUUUAAAUUAUUUUUUAGAAACUUGUAAUAUAGAUGUAAAAUUAGGUGUAUUGGAAAUUUAUCAACAAUUAGUUAAUGAUGAUACUUUAAAUGCUAUUUUAAAUUAUAAAAAGAAAAGUAAUGAUAAACUUAAAACAUUUAAAUAUAGUGGUAGUAGAAUUAUGUUUAAUGAUCAAACUUGGGAAUUAACUAAAAAAAUUCUUCCUGAUCUUGUAAAAAUUGAUUGGAAUUAAAAAAAAAAC